UUGGUCCCCUCCUAGAGCAGGAAGGGCAGGGAUAAAGGCAUUCUCAAAGCCUUUGAUUUUCUCUUUCUGUUUUCCCAUUCCAAUAAGAACCAACACAGAAACUCAUCAGCUACCUUAGCAUACCCUUCUGAAAUGAAGUGCAAGGUGUGGCUGUGUUUGGUGGUCUUGGCCAUGGCAUUGGCCGUGGUGGCUGAAGCUUCCAAAGUUCAUGAAUUUGGCUUCCCUGGAGUUGGUAUGGAUCUCGUUGGAGACGACAAUGAGAUGCUGCUAGAUUCUGAGUCAAACCGUCGCACACUGAAUUCACGAGCACAAUACAUUAGCUAUGGUGCUCUCAAUGCCAACCAGAUCCCAUGUGGUAACCGCGGAGCCUCCUACUACAAUUGCCAGGACAGGACUCGUGCCAACCCUUACACUCGUGGUUGCUCCCAAAUCACGCAUUGUGCUAGAGACACCAGUUAAAUCAAAUCCACACACCAACAUAUACUAAUAUAUAACUAAUAAUAAUAUAUAUCUAUCUAUUAUCUACGAUUAUGUCAUAAUAAAUUAUGUGUCUGGCUUUUGUUCUAUUCUUCAAUGACUAUAGGUCUCCAUUUUCGACACCUUAUAUUGUAUUUUCCAGGGAGGUUGAUCAUGUAAUUCUGAGUGUCUGCGAUCGAUGAUAUUCUAACGUCGAUGGUAAUGGAAUGAUGUGAUUGGUUCCUCUCUCUAUAUGUAUUCUUGCUAUGCAACUUGUGUAAUCUUCUUUCAA